AUGAAACUCGACGCUAAGGCUAUUCGCUACCUCACCUCUGAGGAUUUCCGAGUUCUUGCAGCGUGUGAAGCUGGCAGCCGAAACCAUGAGGUCGUUCCGACGCCGUUGAUCUCGAACCUUUCAGGCCUCCGAGGCGGCAGCGGUGUCAACCGCGCAAUCUCAAACCUCGCGAAAAUCAACUUGAUUGCAAAGGUUAAGAAUGCCAAGUAUGACGGCUACCGACUGGCAUACGGAGGAUUGGAUUAUCUUGCGCUGAACGCGCACCAAAAGUCAAAGGUCAUCUAUUCAGUUGGCAACCAAAUCGGCGUGGGAAAGGAAUCAGACAUUAUCGUGGUAGCAGAAGCCACCGGAGGGCAGCGCAUUAUGAAAAUUCACCGUCUCGGCCGUAUCUCCUUCCGAACAGUCAAGACGAACCGUGACUACCUACGACACCGCAGCUCAGCAUCAUGGAUGUACAUGUCCCGAUUGGCAGCAAUGAAAGAGUUCGCCUUCAUGAAGGCUCUGCGUGAGAACGGAUUCUCUGUGCCCGAACCCAUUGCCCAGAACCGACACACCAUCGUCAUGAGUCUAAUCGAUGCUUUCCCCCUACGCCAGAUCUCAAAAGUCGCCGACCCCGCUGGACUAUACUCGGAGCUUAUGAAUAUCAUCUUGGAUCUUGCGCGAUAUGGUCUUAUCCACGGUGAUUUCAACGAGUUCAAUAUCCUUAUUAAGGAAGAGCUGGACCCCGAAAUGAAGGGAAAAGAGCUCACCGAGGAAGAGGAAGAUGAGCAUAUCCGGCUGGUCCCGGUUCUCAUUGAUUUCCCCCAGAUGUUGUCUAUCGACCACGUUAACGCUGAGAUGUACUUCGACCGUGAUGUGGAAUGUAUCAAGCGAUACUUCAAGCGCAAGUUCCACUUCGUGAGCGACUCAAAAGGCCCUACUUUCGCUGAGGCUAGAAAGAUGCUCCUCAAGAACCCCGGCAAACGUUUGGAUGUCGAAGUUGAAGCCUCAGGUUUCUCACGCAAGAUGGCCCGUGAGCUUGAGGCUUAUAUGGAAGACGUGGGAGUCAAAGGAGACGGAGAAGCUUCCAAGGACACCGAUGAUGAGGACGAGGAAGAGUCUGGAUCUGAAGCCGAGGAAGCCGAUGGUGCCCUUGACGGCAAGUUCUCCGAAGAUGUCGAUGAAAGCACCAAGCGUUUAGAAGAACUUGAAGUAUCGGGGCCGUCGGAGCGUUUCGAUGCGCGAUCCGCAAGCACCUCCAACCCCCAGAUUCCCCCACUCAACAACACGAUGGUGCGUCUCAGCAGUGUUCAAGCGAAAGCUAUACGCCGCCUGCAAAACCAGGCUGCUGUCGAGCAACCCCAAAAGCCUAAAUGGCCCACCACUGUCGGCAAGCCCGUGUACCUACCUCAAUUCCGCGUUGCUCUCGUCCGAACCCCCAACCUCACCCCCCGAUAUGCUCAAUUCCGCGUUCCCCUCAACUUCAACAAGUUCGAUCUCCGCAGCUACCUAUGGCACUUGUACGGAGUCGGAACUCUUAGCAUCCGCAGUUAUGUCCAGGCACAACCAAUCACACGAAUCUCGCGCGAUAACAAGGGUUUCGGCCCGUGGCGCCGACCUAAGUCGCAGAAGCGCAUGACCGUUGAAUUGAAGGAGCCCUUCGUGUACCCCAAGGAGCCGAAGGAUCUGACCCCAUGGGAGAAUGAAGGCUGGACAAAGGCCGAGAAGUUCCAGAUCGACCUACAAGAAAAGGAGAACCCUAAGCCGAACAAGGGCGAAACCCCCGACCAGGAGCUACGCGAUGCCUAUAAGGAGCAGGCUAAGAGGCUGCUCGAGAACAAGGAGACCUGGAGACCGACCUGGCAGGCUCUGGGCUUGGAGCCUCGCCAGGCUGCUAAGAAUGGAGGAUUCAUCCCUGCUUCUACGCUGCCGGCUUGGUAUUCUAAGCAGCGGAAGCACGGAGCGCGGUAA